UCUGCACAUCCUCGGUGGGAAUGAAUAACGAUCAGCAGCGCCUCUCUCUCUCGCUCACCUACUUCAACAUUCAACUGCUUCGAAGGAGGAGCCGGGAAGAGGAGAGGAGAGAAGUCUGAGAGAGAGCGUGUGUGCGUGGCAUGAUGUCUCAAACACUGGUCGGAGGCUUUUCCUCUUCGACCCUCUGGCCUCCUUCCUCCAGCAAUUCCAGCUGCGGCAGGACCCAGUUUCGCCGGCAGCUUCUCCUUCUCCGACGCUCUGCCCAAGCUCGUGCCAUUCAUUCCCCACGAACAGCUAAAAUUGUUGCCUCCAGUGUGAAAGUUCAUUGCUCUGGUGAAGAUGACAACACUUUAACGGUUGUGAGUGGGGGCGGCGUCUCCGUCAUUCUUUUGGCUGGAGGGAAGGGCAAGAGGAUGGGUGCGAGCAUGCCAAAGCAGUAUCUUCCACUUCUUGGCCAGCCAAUUGCUUUGUACAGCUUUUAUACUUUUUCACAAAUGAGAGAGGUGAAGGAAAUUAUUGUAGUUUGUGAUCCAUCAUACAGAGACAUAUUUGAAGACACCAAAGAGAAGGUUCAAGUGGAUCUUAAAUUUACGCUGCCUGGGAAGGAGAGACAGGAUUCGGUGUACAGUGGCCUUCAGGCAGUUGCUAGUGGGUCUGAGCUUGUCUGCAUUCAUGAUUCUGCAAGACCUCUUGUAUCACGUGGAGACAUAGAAAAGGUACUUAAAGAUGGCAGGGAAAAUGGAGCUGCUGUUCUUGGGGUUCCUGUUAAAGCUACCAUCAAAGAGGCAAAUAGUGAAUCAUUUGUUGUGAGAACUCUGGAUCGGAAAACACUUUGGGAGAUGCAAACACCUCAGGUGAUCAAGCCUUCGCUGCUUAAGAGAGGCUUUGAGCUAGUCAAUAGAGAAGGCCUUGAAGUGACGGAUGAUGUAUCUAUCGUGGAGCACCUCAGGCAUCCUGUAUAUGUCACUGAAGGAUCUUACACCAACAUCAAGGUCACGACUCCUGAUGAUCUGUUACUAGCGGAGAGAAUAUUGAACAUGGACGUCGGAGGGCCAUCACCAUAAAAACUUCCCAGAUUGAACUGUUUGGCGAUUUAUCCAAAAUCAAAAUUGAGCUGCUCAAUUUUAAAUGAUAUAAUUCUUGCAGCAAGAAGUUCCGAGCAACAGGACAGCAACUCAAAAGUAACUUUGUUAGGACACUUGAGCUUGAUACAACUUGAUGGGCUUGAAUGGUUUAAUGGGCUAAAUGAUGGUAAAAUAAACAUGAGAGGGAAAUGUUUCUCAUGGGAGUCCCUCCUCAAUUUAAGACAUCUUGGUUUCUUUGGAAAAAACGCAGAUGUCACCUCA